AUGGAAGCGGACCUCGUGGCAGCCAAGUUUGAAAUGGACGAGCUUUACUCCAAGAUAACAUCAUCCAUGGCUCCUCCGGGCUCCUCAAGCAACGCCCCCCGCGAUCCCCGUGUUCCCGAAGCUGGCAAGCCUAAUCUCGGGAGACGCCUUGCCGUCCGUCUUCUUGUCGGCGGCGACGUCGAAUCGAAUCCCAAAACCCUCGCCGCCGCAGCCGCCGCGAAUGCCGCCUUCAACGCCGCCGCUAAAGGCAAGGCACUGGUUCCCGAUAUAGACAUCCCCGCUAAUGUCAAGCGCAUUACUAGACCUCCUGUUGGUAGCUCCCGCCUAUCUUCGGUCACGAGCGCGCCCGCACCGGCGGAUCAUUCACUCGGGGAAUCCUCCGCAGGUCCCAGCAAGCCUGCAUCCGCGGCGGAAGCAGCGCAAGGCUCGCGGAGCAGCAGGCCCGCGCAACACGCUGUUGUCGCGCGGAAACCGCGCGCUGCCAGGCCUUCCGCCAGCAGCAUUUUCCGCGCCUCCAGCGUCGUGUGCGAGCGACAAGCAGCCAUUGCCAUGUCCCUCGAAUCCGCCAGCAGCAUCGACAGCAACAGCAGCACCGCGUGCGAAAAGCCGUCGCAGGACGACCCGAUGGACGAAUUUUUCGCGAUAAUGGAGCAAUUCGUGGAGGAGCCGGUCGAAAUGGAGUAUCUCCGCGCCGCGGAGGCCGCCAGGCGGAACCGGAAGGGCCCGAGCGACGCAAACGCCGCAACCGGCGCAAAGGGCGGCAAGCCGCAGAUCACUCGCCAAAAGUCUCAAAAUAAAGAGUUUGCUCGCCAGCCAUCCUUUCAGGAAUCGCCCGUCUCCGCGUCACCCGCGCAAGCCCCUGUUGCGCAACGUCACCAUCAUCAGCGCCAAAAGAGCUUCGCCGGUGUUUUCCCGGAUACUUCCAACGACCAGAACUCAAGCGCCACGGGCCGUGGUACUGGUUCGAGUCACUCCGGCUCGUUCGAGUUGAACCCUGCGUUACAAUCACAUCAACGCUCGGCGUCAAUAUCGCAGAAUCAGCACCACGCGCGCCGGCCGAGCCGCGUUGGAGACAUGCUUGGAUCCUCCCCCUCUGUCUCAAUGCGCGAAACCUCGGUAGCGGCAACACCCAGUGGUAGCCGCCGGUUGUCGCACCCUUCAGUGUCUCGCGAACGCUCCCGUUCGUUCUGCGAUCGGGUCACCCAAGUAGAGCCGGCCGACGAAGCGCGGUUGGCGGGAGCGAAUGGCGCUGCUUCUAGUAUUCCGGCGUCGGGUAGUGCCAGCGUUGGCCGCUCCGCAGCGGUUUCCUUUGCGCGGUCAGACUCAUUUGUCAAAGCGGCCCGCGCCGUUUCCUCUACUUCGCGGGACCCGCGGGAACAGCAGGAGCAGCGCGAGCAACAGAGGGAAACCGAAGUUUUCGAGGCGUCGCAGCAGCGCGAGCUCGAGUCGCUCGUCGAUGCGCUUAAGGCGGAGAUUUGCGCCAAGGACCAGCUUCUGGGAGCGUCGGAGGGCGAGCGGAAAUUGUUGGAAGAGGAGCUUCGCAGCGCGUGGGAUCACGUUGCGGAUUUGGAGUGCCAGCUGGAGGGCAUGCAGGCGGCAGGCGCAGCGAUGGAGCGGGAAAUCGAUUCCCUCCGCGCGCAGGCGAACAAACGCCCCCCCGCUCAGCGGCGUGGCGGAAGCGAGGGGGACAUUGCGGUGGGGAAUCAUAUUUUGGAAAUGGAGCGCGCUUUGGGGGAGCUUACGCGCAAGCUCGCGGCGACGGAGAGUGCGCUUCAGCGGUCGGAGGCGCAAAACGCGGAACUGUCGGGGAAAGUCGCUGUGCGGGAAGACGAGCUUGGACGGACGAAAUCUGCACUGCAACAGGCUGAGAUGGAAAGGGAUUCGCUAGCCGACGAAAUGGAAGCUGCGCUUGCAAGUUGGGCGGCAGACAGCCCCCGAAUCUCCCCUUCCAGUGCGGAUGCUGCUGCAGCUGACGAGAUCCAAAAGCAGGAAGCUGCGAAACUCGCGAACGCUCUCCAGGCGGCCCAGCGAGAGCUUCAAGCAGUUCAGGCAGAGCGAAAUUCGCUUCUCUUGGCUGUUGGGCAGCCCAGGCGACAAGAGCCGCGACCCUCAACGAGCAACCAGCACAGUGGCGGGAGUCGCAAUCGCUCGCUCACCCCUCCCCCGUCCCACUCGCGUGCGACUUCUUUUUCCGCAUCUAGUCGCAGCGGCCCCAUGGAGCUCCAGCGAAACUUCGGCAUGGAGGCAUCCCCGCCUUCAGCGGGACAGCAGAAGGGUCGCCAUGUGCACUUCUCACCCCGCACUGCCGACGUGAAAGUCUCCGCCAACUAG